AUGGCGGUAGGAAGGAAUAACACAGUUGUGACAAAAUUCAUCCUCCUGGGAUUUUCAGAUCAUCCUCAUAUGAAGAUCUUCCUGUUUGUGUUAUUUCUGACCAUCUACCUCUUGACCCUAACCUGGAAUCUGAGCCUCAUUGUCCUCAUCCGGACGGACUCCCACCUGCACACGCCCAUGUACUUCUUCCUUAGUAAUCUAUCCUUCUUGGAUAUCUGCUAUGUGUCCUCCACCACUCCCAAGAUGCUCUCAGACAUCAUCACAGAGCAGAAAACCAUUUCCUUCAUUGGCUGUGCCACACAGUACUUUGUCUUCUGUGGAAUGGGGCUGACUGAAUGUUUUCUUUUGGCAGCCAUGGCAUAUGACCGGUAUGCUGCCAUCUGUAACCCUUUACUCUAUACUGCCCUCAUCUCACAUACACUUUGUUUAAAGAUGGUGGCUGCAUCCUACAUGGGUGGAUUCCUGAGUUCUUUGAUUGAGACCUACUCUGUCUAUCACCAUGACUUCUGUGGACCCAACACGAUCAAUCACUUCUUUUGUGACCUUCCUCCGGUCUUGGUUCUCUCUUGCUCUGACACUUUUACCAGCCAGUUGGUGAACUUCAUUUUGGGUGUUGCUGUUGGAGUCAUGUCUGUCAUUGUGAUCCUUAUCUCUUACGGCCACAUAGUUGUUGCUGUCCUGAAGAUCAAAUCCAGGGAAGGGAGGAGCAAGGCCUUUAGCACAUGUGCGUCUCACCUGACUGCUGUCACACUCUUCUAUGGCUCUGGGCUCUUCAUGUACAUGCGACCUAGUUCCAGCUACUCCCUAAACCGGGACAAGAUAGUGUCCAUAUUCUAUGCUCUGGUGAUCCCUAUGGUGAAUCCCAUCAUCUAUAGUCUUAGGAAUAAGGAGAUUAAAGAUUCCAUGAGGAGGAUUCUUCGUUUGCGUUGGUAUUGCCUUUUUCUCUUAGAUGUGAAGGUUGAGGUUCAUGAACAUCUGGGUUCUUCUUCCUCCGCAAUUGCAUCAUUUCUGAAGCAGACUGGAAGUAGUCCCUGAUUCAAUUCACAAUUCUUCCAGGGUAAAAAGAUUUUCUUUUAAAGAAUAUUUAUUUAAUUAAUUUUGGGUAGAGACAGAUAAAUGGAGAGGAAGGGGAAAUAAAGAGGGAGAGAGAAAGAGAAAGACCUGUCGCACUGUUUAACCACUCAUGACUCUUUCUUCCCUAUUCUUUUUUUUUUUUUUUUUUUUGCCUCCAGGGUUAUCACUGGGGCUUGGUGCCAGCGCUAUGAAUCCACUGCUCCCGCAGUCUAUUUUUUCCUCCAUUUUUUUGUUAUUGUUGUCAUUGUUGCUGGAUAGGACAGAGAGAAAUUGAGAGAGGAGAGGGAAAGACAGAGAGGGGGAGAGAAAGAUAGACACCUGCAGACCUGCUUCACUGCUUGUGAAGUGAUGUUCCCCUGGAAGUGAAGAUCCCAGGACUUGAACCGGGAUCCUUGUGCUCUGUGUGCUUAACCCUC